CGAUGUCGUGGGGAACGGUGUUCGAUCAGCUUCUUUGUGACGAUGACUCAGAUUUGGUGUCAUUGGGACCUCGCUCUAGUUUUUCAAUAGAUCCAUCAUGGAACCUGAACACUGCAACAGACUUCCCUUUUGUCCUUGUGAUGGCAAUUGGUUGCUUCUUGAUGUCAGUGCUUGUUGCUGCAAAUUAAAGAGGUCUAACGAAGUCCUUCUAAUCAUUAAGGUUUGGGCUGAUAUAUAUAUAUAUGCCAAAAACCAUUACAAAUCACUCGAUCACCGAAGCUUUUAUUUCAAGCAACAAGAUUCAAAGAACUUGAGCAGCAAAUAUUUGGUAGCUGAGAUCAAGGAAUUAAAAGAGAAAAAACAGAUAGAGGACGAUAUUCUUCUUGCUGAAUAAGGCUAUGAGACUUUAUACUACCUUUUUGGAGCCAAUGUUGGGUAUUCCUUCUCGGCCUCAUGGUUCAGAGGAUGAUGAAGAUGUGGACAAAGCUAGGAAGGGGCCUAUGAAUUGUACUGCAUCAAGCAAUGGAGAAAGUGAUGGAAGUCCUGGUGGUGAGACUACCAUGGUAAAUUUUAAGCAGCCUAAAUCUGGGGGUAAUGAAGAUGAAAAUGCUUUAGCAGAUGGGGCAAGUUCUAGGAAUAGUUUGGCUAAUGGGGAUACCUUAGCCAAAGAAGAUGGCAGUUGCGACGCAGAUAAUGCCUGCAGGGAUGAUUCAAUCUGUAAUAACAUUUGGGUAGAGAAAGAAGUCAAAGAACAAAAGAAUAUGAGUAUCCCUGAUAAAAUGCAUGGGUCAAGUAAACCGGUUGCCUCCAUUGAUCGAGUAGGCAAUUCCAAUGCAUCAUUUGCAGUUGGAGGAGAAAAUAACCACGGAAGAAUCAGCUUGGAAGUGACAUCAGGGUCUGUUGCAACUACCUUAAGACCCUACGACUCCAUUAUUGAAAAUGAGCAGUCAAAGAAAACUAAUACUGACACUGCUGUUCCUUCAUCAGAGGGUGGUGAUAUUGUAAAACCUGCUUCAUUUGGUAAUGGGGUGAUUACAGAAAGCACUAAAGUCAACAGUCGUCAUGAAGAAUCUGUUGGGCCCUCUAAAAUUGAGAAGGAAGAAGGUGAAUUAUCACCUAUCGGUGAUUAUGGGGAGGAUAACUUCGUUGUCUCUGGAGACGCUGGGGUGCUGGCUUUGCCUAAGGAAAACCAUGGUGUUGAAAGGUAAUAUCAACCUGGAAACGGGGAAGAAAUUUGCUCUCAGGAUGCUGGGGAAAAUGAUGCAGACACUGAUGAUGAAAACAGUGAAAAUGUUUCUGAGGCUGGUGAAGAUGCCUCUGGCAGUGAGACAGCUGGGGAUGAGUGUUCCCGAGAAGAGCAUGGAGAGGAGGAGGAUGCUGAACAUGAUGACGUUGAUGGUAAGGCUGAGAGUGAAGGAGAGGCUGAAGGGAUGGCUGAUGGGCACCUUGUUGGAGAUGGCUGUUCUUUGCAAUUGCCAGAACGUUAUCUUAUGUCUGUGAAGCCUCUUGCAAAGCAUGUAUCGGUACCUUUAGUUGACGAAAAGAAAGACUCUCGUGUUUUUUAUGGAAAUGAUUACUUCUAUGUGCUCUAUAGGCUUCAUCAAAUUCUAUACGAAAGGAUUUUAUCUGCAAAAUCAAAUUCAGUAGGAGCAGAAACUAAAGGUAUCAUCUUUCUUAGGAUCCUGAUAUCAUCUUUUUUGACAAAGUUUACUGCCGCACCCUUUCGUCCAAACCGACCCGAACGACCAAUCCUAUGUAUGUAUAGCUCUCGAUUAUUUGGAAGAUCAUAGUUGAUAACCAGCGAAACCUGCUGAACAUCGAUGCCCCGGGCCCAAACAUCAGUUGUGAUGAGGACUCGUGAAAGACCUUUCUGAAACUCUUUCAUAAUAGCAUCAGCUCGCUCCUUCUGAGGCAUGUCUCCAUGCAUUGCAGACACAGAAAAGUUACUAGUCCGCAUCUUUUCAGUAAGCCAGUCCACUUUUCGCCUUGUGUUGCAGAAAAUAAAGCUAAAUAAUUAUACAAUAAAGACCACCAACAAAACCUUAAAGCAAAGGCCCGGUCCAACCCCCACUCCCGCAGGCCGCAGCCGACGAGCCCCUCCGCCAUCAUGCUGCCACCGCUCAUCAAAAAGCCGCCGUGCCGAAUACUUCCGCCGCUGCAUCGCCUUGACACGCCACAUCCAUCCCCUACACCAAGCUGAUGACCAUAGAAUGGUCCCAAAUCGAAGCAGAGAGAAAUCCUUUCAGGAUCUCCCCUUCCUCGAUCCGAUCUGAACCUCCAUAGCCAUAACCCACGGAAGCAGGGACAAAAGCAUCCCUGCACUAUUGCUGUGAGCAGUUACCGGGAGCUCAGGUUUAGUAUGUACUGUAAGUAGCAACAAAAUAUUGGGGUAAAAAAAAAAAAAGGUCUGAUCAAUUUCAUAUAACUUAUUUUUCUGAUUAAACUUACAGUAAAACUUUGAUAAACAAAUGUUUGAUAAAUUAAUGACCUCAAUUAAAUUAUAAAUUUCUCCUGUCCUUAACUUGCUUAAUUAUUCCCCUCGACAAAUUAAUGACCUUCUUGUAGCUGUUUUUGAACUCCAACUCCAAGAGCGAAGGCAGCUCCUUGGAGAGUCUGUUCAGCUUUUGAUCUCGCAUCUUGUUUAAUAUACUGCUCAGUUUGGUGGAUGGCAUGAAGAAAUAUUAGUGUUUUUUUAUCCUUACAUAAUUCCUUAUUAUCCUUAAGAAGAUGGUAAAAACCGUGGAGAAUCCGUUGAGCUUUGGCUAUUUCCUGUCUUUCAAUAGCUGUGAAGGCAUCUUUCAAACGGCCUGCUAGCACCGGCUGUACGCUGUGCAAAUUUUCAGUUUGGUGUAACUGCCUCUGCAGAGUUCCUCUUCCUCGCGCAUUUCCGUGUUGGUGUUCGAACUCCGCUCCAAUUGCGUUAAUGAGAGCUACAGCUUUGGAUUUAUUAUCUUCUUCGACUGCCUGCUCAAUUGCUUUCAUCAUUUCUUGAAGCUUGGCUUCUUUCACAUCGUC